AUGACUGCGGAUCCGGACUACUUGACCAACCUGGGGGCGUACCUCUUGUCAACGUAUGACCCCUCGCAGUGCGAGUCUGUGGUCAUCACAAAAAAUGAAUGUAACAAUUUAGUUUUGGAUAUAAGGACUACCCCAGCUCCAGUAGCAUCCACGUCCAAUUCUAGUUUAUUCACGUGUCCACCACAUACAUCGAAUGAAGCAGAUGCCACGUCUCCUGCACAUAAGAAACUGUUGCUGGAUCCUGUUACUCCUGUUAAGAGUGAGAGGAACACGACUGAGUGCAAUGACUUGAGUUCCAACGUUGAAGGGCUGUUGUCCCCAAGCAAGAAUCAACCAUUUACAACUGGUGGCUUGAGACCACACUUCCACCUAACGGCAAAAGUAAUUUUGGGGCCCUUUUUUAAGGAAGUUGAUAUGAUUGACUUAAGAGAUUUUUUGAAUAAAACUGCUAUUUUGUAUGGCAUAGUUAGUGAGGAGGGCACAUCAGCUGUUAGACACAUUGAAGAAAGAAGCAGAAAUGCAUCGAAGUGGAGUUUAUAAAUGAACAUGUAGCUUCUCUAAUGGGUUCGAUUGACCCCUUAGUGGUUUUCAAUGACGAAAACCUCUUUUUCUGCCAGGAGAGGAGCCGGG